AUGCGUAUGGCGCCUUCUUCUUCUUAUUCGUCUUCCAAAAUUCGGACAUUCGCAUUUAUUUGGUAG